AUGGCCGAUUUUGGACCUCGUGCCCCCCAUGGGCCUGACAUGUCGGGAACCCACAACCCAUUGGAAGACAUGGACAUCAACGAGAAGGGUGCUUUCGAUUCCCUGAUCCGACCCGACGACAGCUAUACUCCCGAGGGCACCUACUGGGCUGACCUGCCGCUCUUCAAGAAGAUUGGCUUCGUCACCUCCUACAACAACAAGGAAGCGAAGCGGGAAUUGAGUGACAUCUGGAAGAUGACCAAGGAGGACCCGCUCUCACCGAUUUCCUACUACUUCCGCAACAUGGUGCUGCCCGGUGCCGGUCUCGGUCUGGAAGGUUACGUGCUCUUCUCUAUCGGUAACAUCAAGCCGUUGUUUCAAAAAGCUUUCCCCGACUGCUGGGAAACCCACGAGAUCUGCAGUCAGCAAUGGAUGUCCGCCAUUGACUACCUCGAAAUCAUUGGUAUCAUCGUUGGUCAGGUUCUGGUUGGAAUUUUGGGUGACUGGCUCGGUCGUCGCUGGGGUUUGAUUCAGGAUGCUGCUAUCAUGUUGCUCGGUCUGAUCAUGUUGACUGCCGCUUGGGGUGUCACACAAAACGGCUGGGUGAUCUGCUACGCCUGGUCUCUGUUCAUCUACGGUAUCGGUGUUGGUGGUGAGUACCCCAUGACCGCUACCAGCGGUAUGGAGAACGCUGUUGGCUCUGGCAAGAUCUCCACCAAGGAGGAUCGUCUGCACCGUGGCCGUAAGGUCACCAGUGCUUUCCUGAUGCAGGGUUGGGGUCAAUUCGCCAACCAGGUCAUUCUCAUCAUUCUCUUGCUCUGCUUCCACCACGGCAGCGGAAACAACCCUUACUCCGCGGUUGCGGUCCAGUGGACCUACCGUGUUUCCUUCGCCCUUCCCGCCGUUGGCACCCUGUGGCUCGUGUACCACCGUGCCUACCACAUGAAGGCUGCCAGCAAGCAGCUUGACGCUGCCAAGAAGAAGUCUUCCGUCACCGGCUACGAUGCUCAGUCUCUCAAGUUGACUUUCCGCUACUUUGGUUUCCGUAUCUUCGCGACUGCUGGCGGCUGGUUCGCCAACGAUGUCUUCUUCUACGGUAACAAGCUUUUCCAGAGCGAGUUCAUCAAGGUCAUCAGCCCUGCAUCCGAAUCCGUCAUGCCCACCUGGUUGUGGAACUUGGUCAACGUUGGUGUCUCGCUGUGCGGAUACUACAUGGCCUCUUUCAUGAUCGAUAACAAGCUCUACGGUCGCAAGUGGAUGCAGAUCAUCGGUUUCCUGCUCUGCUUCAUCCUGUUCGUUGUUCCCGCCUUCAACUUCGACUACUACCGCCGUCCGGAGAACAUCAAGUCUUUCCAGACCAUGUACUUCCUUUCCUCCUUCUUCAACCAGUUCGGCCCCAACUCUGUCUCCUUCCUCGUCGCCGCCGAGGUCUUCCCCACUCCCAUCCGUGCCUCCGCUCACGGUAUGUCCGCUGCCUGGGGUAAGGCCGGUGCGCUCUUAGCCGCCGUUCUCUACAACUACAUCGACACCCAAACCAAGUUCUACGUUGUUCCUUGGUUCGGUCUGGCCGGUGCCGUCAUCACCGCAUUCUUCCUCCCCGAUACCACUGGUCUGGAUCUGAAGGAGCAAGAACGCCGCUGGGAAUACCUUCGCCAAGGCAAGGAAGAGGACUACCACGGUCCCGCCGUGCACCCCAAGCACCUGUCCUGGUACGAGCGCUACGUCCUGCGCAAGCAUCGCUUCUACAACGCCGAGCUCGACUACCAACAGAAGGUCGAGGAGUACCGCGCCGAGUGGGAGUCUGCCAUGGCUGCUAAGACUUCCGAAAAGGAGGAUGCCAACAACUUCGACACUGACGAUACCCUCCUCGAGGGUCACGUUCACACAUACUUCCACCGUACCAGCCCUAUGUUCAAGGGUAUGGAGAAACCCGUCUCUUCCAAGCAGGAUAACUUCACAUUACCUCCGCCUGCGGAGAGUGAGCUUGAAGAUUCCGAUUCAAAUGAGAAGCGAUAA